UUGAAGAAGACGCUGCCUGACGUGAGUGUCGAGAGCACAGAGUCGUACACCAACAGCGGUCGCAUUCGUUCUCGUCAGGGGCCUGUCCGGGCCCGAGCAGUCCCGCCAUGCACCUCCACAUGUGACCCUGGCCGCAGAGCAUGGCCACCGAGGAGCCUUCGAUCGUCGAGCAGUGCGACGAGGUGACCGAGUCGCUCGAGCUGCUCGACGCGGUCCUGCUGCAGUUCGACGAAGAAAAACGAACGCCGCCUCCGCCGGAGGAGGCCGCCAGGAUCAUUUCUUCCCUUGUUGGGUCUCCAUAUCAAAGUCUCCAAAGGGGCCAAGGCACCCAAACGACCCUGCCUCGGCCAAAUAAAAAACUCAGUUCCCAAUUCGGUUCCUUGCCUUUCGACCUCUCUGCGCAUGCAGCACCUUCCGCGCCGCCUUGGCUGAGCAAAGAGGCGCCCCGAAAUCACCUUUAUCUGCCUAUUCAAAAUCCUUUGACGGUAUCAAUUGGCCACUCAAGCGAGGAAGAGCAAUUUUCUGAUGAUUCGCUGGAAGGGCAAGUUUGGAGCUCCGACAGGGAUCUUUCCAACGACAGAGAUGACCUGGCCAGUCGGGGAGAUAUCGUUUCUGAAGGUGAAAAGCACAGUAAGGACGACGGCCGCGUCAGCAUAGCAUGGAAAAUCGACUGGAACGACAAAAGAAACGAGCAGGAGAUUGAAAUGAAUGGGAAAGGCACUUACGUUAUAAAAGAAAAGAAAAGGAGGUCCGGCUUGGAGGAAGGAUUGUUCGACCGGCCGCAAAUGCCGUCGUCGAAGAGCUCGGAUCACCUCGACAAAAGUGCCAACAUUUCCAGAGGCCGCAGCCUGCCGAGCCUGAACUGCGACAAACCACUGGAGAACGGGUUUGUGGUGGCAAUAAAUCAAGACGACGAGCGACCUGUCGCCCGCGUCAACGGCUUCAAAUACAUUCCAGUGGAAUUGGGUGAAAAUUCGUUGGACGCUUGCGACUCCCUAAGCGCUGAUGUCAAGGCAGUUGACGAGUUCGGGGAUAAUGAGCAGCAAUCGGACGGACAGAAAUGUGCCAUUGUGAACGAGAAUAGUGUGGAGGAAGCCGAACUGCCUGCUGAUUCCGCCGCCAUAGAGCAGACUGAAGAUAAGAAAGUGAACGGCGCAGAAAAUUUAGAAGAAAUUUUAGAGGACGAAAAAAGCCAAACUGUGCAGGCGCCAGAAGAAAAGCCUGAAGCUGAAAUUUUGAAGCAGGAGCCUGCUGAGGUUAUUGAACUUUUUGAUUGUGCCGAAAAGGAAGAAACCAUUGUUGCUAAAGUUAUUUUGAUAGAAGAGGACAAAGUCCAAAAAGAAGAAGAUGCAAAUAUGCUGGAAGACAAUUCAUCUGUAAUUAUUAUUGAUACCAAAGAAGAAACUGCAGAAGAAAUUGUCGAGACGUUAGGAGUGCAAAAAGAAGAAGCAGAGGAGGCGCCUCCACUUACAGAGGAAACGGAAGUUAUUAUAGGUUCGAGAGAAGAGGAAGAAAUUGAAGUUUCCGAGGACAAAAUUGAAGGGAAAAUUUCCAAAGAAGAGGAGGCUUUGGUUUUGGAUACGCAGCCGGAACAAAAGGCUGUUGAAGAAAUGGAUUUGACUGUUGCAGAGAAAGCGCCUGAGGAGAAAUCAAAUGCAGAAGAGCAAGAAGAAAUCCAAGCGAGCCCAAUUUGGCAACCCUUGGACUCUGGAUCUGAAGUCAGUGAAGACGAAACUAAAACUGAGACGCCUAGGCCUUGUGAAUUGAGUUUCAAAAUCAUGAGACCAAAGGUCAUUCCUCGGCCAAACUCGCUCCCCACAGCUGAAGAGAGUGUCGUCGUCUACACGAACAGCGUCAUUCUGUACCCUGACGCAGGUCUGAUCACCUAUUACGACGAACGGUCGCCACCUAAGGAAUCUCCCAAGGAGGGUCCGAACCUGCUGAGGCCCAAAUCUUGUUCCGACAUCAGCUCAACGGCAGCAUUCGCCUGCGUCGACAUUAGCAUAGACGACGAGCCGCUGAGUUUGGAGCCCAUCACAAUUACUGCCACCGAAGAUGCCUCUGAGACCAUCGACGCGGAGGACGAGACCGAGGAAUUGGAUGAGGAAAUCAAAGAGGAAAUGAAGGAGCGCGUCAUGGAAUUGCCUGUCAAGGUGGACUGUCUGGUGCAAACGGAAAUUUCCGGUCUCGGCCGACGCCUGUGCCUUGGGUCGCCGGGAGAACAGGUUGUGCCUUCCAUGGCCGGUUUUACUCCAGUGGAAAACAAGUCUUUGGAGCUCAGCCUGGCAACCGUCAAGAAAGAGAGCGAAGAGCUUCCGGCAAUUCAAAGACCUGCCUUUUUCGAGCCUCUGCUGAGCCGAGAAAAUAGACGACGACCUCACCAUGGCUCCCAGGGAGAGGUCAAUAUCCCCCAGCACCGGCACUCGGUGCCUGAGUCCUUCCUCUUCCCCAACAGCUUCACCAUUCCUCUGAGCUUUGCGGUCACAAACAAGCCUUCGCCUGGAAACAGCGACGUGGAAGAGGCUUCCGUGGAAAUUUUCAAGGAGAAGAGGAAAGAGCUGCCCCCACCGCCUCUGCCCGAACACCAAAAUGUGCCAAAAAGCAUAGAGAAUAGACCCCGUCAAAAGACACCUGUUGAGCCUGAGUACCGCAGUGUGCACAAAACCCGGCCGCCUCCGCCUCUGCCUCCACACCAAAACCUGACGGAACUUUACUCGGAGCCCCGCUCUUUCCCCGACGCCUUUCCCGCCCCUCCGCCCCCGCCACUCGCACCCUCCUACUCGGAUCACAAGGCGCCGGCAGUGCCCGACCACAAAAGCCCCGCGGUCCCUGAACACAAAGCCCCCGCAGUGCCCAACCAUAAGGUGGUUGGCAAGGCGCCGGCCGUUCCCGAGCACCGCGCCUCCUACCCUGAGCAGCCGUUGCCGCCAACGCCUCUGACCCCCGACCGUCCGUUGCCUCCGUCCCCGCGACUGCCCACUUCGGCCAGCUUCCCUGUGCCCCCCGUGGCCCGUCAUUCGCCCAACAUACCCCACAGGCCUCUGCCCUCACCCCCGAACACCCUCAAGACCAGAUCAGUGGACGCCGGACUUGGAAAAGGGCUUCGAGAUCAGCUCAAGGCACAGCAGGGUUGCACGUUACCUCCAGACCUAGGCGGUGCCACGCCGAGACGGGGCGCUCCCCUGACGGGCCGCAAGAAGCACCGCGCGCCAGCCGUACCACCGCACGCCUCGCUGCCGGAAACGCCCGUCUUUUCGCGGGGCUGCGACAUCCCCCGCGCCCCCUACCGCGCCCUCGGCAUCCCCGUGCUGCGCUCGUCGCUGUCCGAGGAGGGCGCCGCCCUUUGCGGGCCCGGCCGCGGUUGGUACCCCAAGCAGCGGCGGCCGGCGGCCCGCUCCACCGAGCACCUCGAGCAGGCCGGCUGGGGGCCGGAGGCCGGCGGGGGCGGCCGCAAACCCCACACGCUGCCCCCCAACAUGAGUCCGCCCAAGUUUUUCCACCGCUCGUCGCCGCGCGAGGCCCUGCGCAGGGUCACUAGUCUGCUGAUCCGCGGCCGAACCAUGCCGGCCGCGGCGCCCCCCAAGCCCAAGGAGCGGCCACGCGAAACGGCCGCCUCGGCGGCCGCCUGCGAGACGCCGCAGCGACAAAAACGCAGCUUCUUCCGGCACUUCUGGAAAAAGUCCAAGCACUACUCGCUGGAGCAGUGACGCGGCCCCCGCGGCCCCCCGAAGGCAGCGACCUCCGGAGGCGGCUUUGACCUUUUCAGGGUGUUCAAGCGGCGGUCACGCAGGUAGAUCUGCAGAGAAGGUUUCAGCGGCCGCCGCCUCUGCACCUUCCGCUUUUCAGCGGGCUUUCCGAGUUUGUUGGGCCGAUAAGAUUAAAUUAACACUGCGAAAAAUUAAGCAACCCGCUUGACAGUUUUAUUCAAUUUAAUAAUAAUCCUGUACACCUGACAGGAUUGCAUUCAGGACAACUUAUUUUUACUUAGGACUUGGAAAUUAAAACGUCGGUUAAGAUUUUGCUAAAUAAUUUAUUUUCCAUGGUGAAAAAUGAAUUAAGAAAACCCCAGAAAUCUUUUUAUUUAUUAAUAUGAUAAGUUGAGCUGAUAUUAACCUUGUCAUAUUUUAAAAGAAUAUUAUUUUAUAUUUGAAUUAUCUGUGUCCUGCGGGUUGCGUAUUUGGCGCAUUUAUCUUGGAAAUGUAAGAAAUUAAUGGUCAAUAACAAGAGCUGAGAACGUGGCAUAUUAUAUUUGUAGUGAUUGCGGUCGCAUGUUUUUCUGGAGGGAAACCCACUUCCUUCGCCACAAUCCAAUCUUAUCUGAUAGAAAUCCAGCCUGGGUGAAAAGUUCCUGGUCUAACCGAGCGGUUGUUGUGCAUUUAUAAUGCAAUUAAAAACAAAUAAAAUGAAUUUUGAGCACAAAACAAGCGCCGUUCAAAGCAGAUUGGGAAAUUCGAAAAUCAAACUUUUCACAAUUUUAUAUCCUUGCACCGAGUACCCAGGCAGCGAGCGAAUUUUAAAAUGAAAUUAUUUUCUGAGCUAUUUUCAUCAAAAAAUGUACUAGUAUGGAGAAUUUUUUAAAUUGAGAUUCCGUUCAACCUGCGAUCACUGAAAUUUCUGUCUCGCCCUUUUCGGUCAGCAGGGCUCAAUAAUUGACGCUCAAAGCAGCUCAAAAUUUAUAGAACCUGUAUUUUCCUUCGAUAUGACAUUUGCAUAUGAUGCACUUACAGUUAUUUAACAUUGAAAUGCAAAUAAAUUGUCCCUUGAGAAUGCUAGAAUGAGAUGAAAACGUACUUAUUAAUAAAAUGUAGCUUGUUGAAAAUUCUUGGUAAAUCACUGAUUACUCUUUAAGCAACGUAAAAUGUAAAAUAAAUUUGUAAUAAAAAUAUUCUCAUUUAAUCGCUAUUUAACUUGUGCAAUACAAGAUGGACAAUUUUUGCAAAUUACAUCUGAUGAGAUGAAUGUUGAAGAAACAGGUACCUAGAUUAAACUUUGAUGAAAUAUGAUAUUCUUCUCGCUUAGGAAAUAAAAAAAGAAGGCAUGUUGAGGUGUCAAUUUAAAAUUAGACCGCAUCCCCAUUUAAAUUGAUUACUCAUAUCAGAUGAAUGGAAAUAAAUUUGAAAGCAGCAGGGGAUUAAACAGAGUUCAUUUGAUGAAAUGCAUUUUGCAACAUUUUGUAUGUCACUUUUGUAUAACUUUUCUAUAGUUCUUGUAUAACAACAUAAUAAUACACUUUAUUUCUGAUUUAUGUAAAAUUAAACCCGUUUUUCUUUAUAUAUGGUCUGUGAUAUUAGUUUUCAUCGUUUUUUAUUUAUUUAUGUGCCAUAUUGUGAAAAUAAAUAUCAAAAAAAUCAAGGGGAGAAAAAAAGAAAGUGUUUCGCGUGAGAAUAGAGGACAAGUUUGUUGAAAACUCGGAAAGCCUGGGGAGCUUUUUCACAAUAUUAUUGUGCCCGCCCUGAGUGCGUAUUACACACUAACACAAGUUACCUCUCUCCGUCGUUGUUAUCGUGUGGUCUUUGUGUCUUCUGUCGCGUUCUCCACUCAUUUACCGCCCUUUGUUAUACUUUUAUAGUGAAAAAUAAAAACGACAACAAUAAAGUCUUUAGUUUUAAAGAUAUAAAACUCGUUAUGCAUUUUGAUGCGCUUUUCGCCAUUUCCUCUCUUCCCCGCCUGACUUCCUUCGGCAGAAACAAAAACUGCUGAUAAAUUAUUGAAGAAAGAAAGUGCUUUGGAGUCGACGGAUGAUUUUCUGAUAAGAUAUCUGCUGGAGCGAAAAUCAAUUAAAAAGACACUUUAAUUGCACCCAAUCUUUAAAAACUGAUUUCUCGACUCCAUUAAAUUGGAUUAUUUAUCAAGUUCUCACAGAGCCUAAAAUUGAUGCAAAUAAAAAAUCUAAUGUCCAGUCAUUACGCGAGGAGUUACUCAUUGCGCGCAUUAAUUGAGUGAGCGCUCGCGCCGAGGUGCGCAGAGGAAGUCCCUCAAUUAUGA